AUGAUCCUCGUCACCGCAAUGAAGCCUGUAUUGAUUGUUGGCGCUGGCAUCGUCGGCCUCACACUUGGCCAAGCACUCAAGGAGAAGAACAUUCCCUUCGAGAUCUACGAACGCGAUGCAACUCCCGACGCGCGUGGCCAGGGAUGGGCCAUUACCCUGCAUUGGGCACUCGAAUAUAUGAAGAAAAUGCUCCCCGAAAAGACGCUGACUCGGAUCCGAGAUAUUCAGGUGGACCCGGAUAUCGCGCGUCACGAUAGCGGCAACUUUCUCUUCAUCAACCUCCAGACCGGAGAGCCAAAGUUCAAGAUUCCCCCCAAUGUUCGAUGGCGGGUGAAUCGCGAGAAGAUGCGACGAGCCUUGCUGCAUGGAAUCGAGGAUCAUGUUCAUUGGGACCGACGUGUCGUUGGCUUAAACCUGCAGACCGUGAAUCAAGUCCAACUGGUGUUUGCAGAUCACACGACGGUGACCGGGCGCAUCGUGGUUGGUAUCGAGGGAAGUCGAUCCGUGGUGCGACAAAUACUUCGGCCAGAUGUGUUCAGCAACAUCCCCCUUUCCAUAAACUUCACCGGCGUCGCAGUCGACUUGACGCCACAGCAAGUCAAGCCUCUGCGUGACAUGGAUCCCUUGUUAUUCCAAGGGUGUCAUCCACCCACUGGAGCCUAUUUCUGGUUCUCAAUGCUGGAAACACCUUCCGUCAAUGGAACGGCUGGCACUGAGGCCGAGCGGUAUCGUGCUCAGAUUUGUAUGUCGUGGCCUGUCAAAGGUCCCGAAGAUGCAGUCGCGACGACAGACGAAGCUCGCUUAGCGAACAUGAAGCGGCGCGCUCAAGGAUUUGCGCAAUUCUUGCAAGAGGCCGUAGAUAGAAUCCCUAACGGGACCCCAGUUACAGAGAUCACAUUGGCAGACUGGGAGUGUCUCUCAUGGAAUAACCACGGCGGGCGAAUCACUUUGGCCGGUGAUGCUGCACAUGCAAUGACAAUGUAUCGAGGAGAAGCAGCAAAUCACGGCUUGCUUGAUGCAUAUCACUUGACGGUGGCACUCGUGAGGAUUUACACCAGCGCUGCGUCACAAGGAUCAACCAUCGAUGAGUAUGAGACCGAAAUGAGAGAUCGGACAAGCCGUGCAGUAAGAUUGAGUCGUCAGGCAUGUUACGAUGCACAUGACUGGACAAAAUUAGAUGAGACGUCUGCUAUCUUGACAAAACGGGCCAUUGCCGGCAAGUAA